AACCCCGCCUCCGCACCAGAGCUCUGUUAGCACCACCGAGUCGCGCUCCGCAGCCCCGCCCUGCCCCACGGAACCUCACACCGCGCCCCGCCCGUCCCACGGAGCUCCGCCCUUCUCUCCUGAAGAGUCCUUGGAGUCUUGGAGUCCAGCGCGUGGCGUCUCGGCCUCCGCGUGUGCGGCCCUGCGUGAGGGCGGGUCGAGGCGUUGGUGCUGCCACGUCUGGGCCGCGGUUCCCAGGUGUCGCGCGGGCGGUGCAGGAGGUGGGGCUGGCGCUGCAGCCGGAUCUGGAUCCGGAUCCGGUAUGUUGUGACCGGGAAGAGUCUGACGGGCCUGGAGGGCAGCGCGGCCGGUCGGGCAAGUGCGGGCUACACUGGAAGGAUGAAACCUGAUGAAACACCUAUGUUUGACCCAACUCUUCUCAAAGAAGUGGACUGGAGUCAGAAUACAGCCACAUUUUCUCCAGCCAUUUCUCCAGCACAUCCUGGAGAAGGCUUGGUUUUGAGGCCUCUUUGUACUGCUGACUUGAAUAGAGGUUUUUUUAAGGUACUGGGUCAGCUGACAGAGACUGGCGUCGUCAGCCCUGAACAAUUUAUGAAAUCUUUUGAGCAUAUGAAGAAGUCUGGGGAUUAUUAUGUCACAGUUGUGGAAGACGUGACUCUAGGACAAAUUGUUGCUACAGCAACUCUGAUAAUAGAGCAUAAAUUUAUCCAUUCCUGUGCUAAGAGAGGAAGAGUAGAAGACGUUGUUGUUAGUGAUGAAUGCAGAGGAAAACAGCUUGGCAAACUGUUAUUAUCAACUCUUACUUUGCUAAGCAAGAAACUGAACUGUUACAAGAUUACUCUUGAAUGUUUACCACAAAAUGUUGGUUUCUACAAAAAGUUUGGAUAUGCAGUAUCUGAAGAAAACUACAUGUGUCGGAGGUACCUAAAGUAAAAAUACAGUGGUCAAAGGAAUUAAUGCUAAAAAGCUUUAGCAUUAAAAUAUUUUUGUUGCUGCAACCCAGUGACCUCCUUAAGUAUUGGACUGAAAAAAAUUGUAAUACUGCAAGUAUGAUAUUAGAAGCUUACUCUGGGCUGGUGGGACAACUGUGAGUCUAGAUUACAAAUGAUUAUUAUAAGGGGGGGGGAUGAUUUUUAACCAAAGGAAUAUAUUUUUAACUUGAGUCUUUUCUUGCAUUGUAUUUUUCUAAAGUUUGGCUUCAUUUCUUGGUAGUCAAGAUUAUGGGUAGUGAAGAGUUAUGUCUGCUCUCUGUGCUGCUCAUUUUUAAAAAAGAAUAUAUUGAAUAGGCAGUUUCUUAAUCAUAUUCAUAAAAUUAUUUUUGUUUCAGAGAAGCAUCUAAAUAUAUGACUGUAUCAUUUCUCACAUAUUACAUGAAAUUGGAUAUAGUCAUUAUGACUAUAUUUGGACAUCCAAAUAUUUGGUCCUAGUAUACACAACCUAGGCAGUCUUUUAAAGUAGAAGAAAUGAAAAUUAACAUAAAAUGUGACAAGGUGCAAGGUAGAACAAUUUAAAUUGUUUUACUAAAUAUUUGUAUAGUUCUAUAUAGAUAAUGUACCACCUGUCUCAUCUGUUAAAUACAAUUAUUAAUCUGUUAAAAUUACCCAAAAGAAAACUUAAAGGUACUUUAAAAGUGAAUUGGCAGCUCUCAGCAAAGGUACUCUCACCCCAUUUUUUCUUAUCAUGGGUAUCCAAAGCCUUUCUUCUGAGUCACAUCUUUAUGAAACAAAUACACAAGAUCGAGUGAAAUAUUUUAAAAUGUAUGGCAUUGCCUUUGUCACAUCCUUAGAAUGAUGGAAGCUUUUCUAGUCAGUGUGAUUAUAAUGGUACUAUUAUGUGGUCACUGUGUCCUGUUUUGAUUUUAUUUAUUUUAAUGAUUUUUUUUUUAAGGUUGAAGAAAUAGAAACUUUAUUAAUGGUUCUAUUACAUUCCAUGUUAUUAAACUUGUUUAUAUUAAUAGUCUCUCAUGUAAGAAUCUUGCCUGUGUGUUUCUUGUGUUUUGUUUGUUGAGAUAGGGUAUCAUGUAGCCCAGGCUAGCCUUGAAUUCACUAUGUAGUGGAGGAUAAUCUUGAAACCCUACCCGAUCCCCCCAAUGUUCCUGCCACAAUGUUUCAAGUGCUUGGAUUAUAGGCAUGCACCACCUUGUUCUGCUUGAAUCUUUUCUUGAACUAUAUGGUUCAUAACAGCCUUAUUUUAUAUUACUUCAACUGGAUUUUGGAUUUCUAAAACAAUAGAAAUACUUUGACAAUAGAGGGGUGGACUGCAUUUACUGACAGCUUAUACAGAUGAAAUGAUCUGUCUCUAGUGAAAUUAACAGUAUCCUUGACUAAAGUGUCCUUAGGUUUUUACCCAUGUUAAAUAAACAUAAUGAAAAGGUCAAAUUUAAUGCUUUAUUAUUUUUCCACUGAAUUGAGGUAAAACUCUAUAAAUUUAAUAUUUCAAUAAAUCCCUUUAGCUGCGUUCAAGACCUUAAAUCUCCUUUAUAGGAAACAGUUGUGUCACCAAGAAACAGUCUUAAUAUUGAACGUUCAUUCACUCUUGAUCUGUGGAGUAAAACUGGGUUACUUUAACCUAGAAGGCAAGUAAAAAGUUCUGAGGCAUAAGCAAUAUGAAUGAGCUUUUCUUUUCUUUUUUGAGGUAUAAUGGCACAACAGUUUAAAUACAACCACCAGUCUUCACAAAAUAAUUUUAAUACUUUGUGCCUGGGCUAGCAGCAUCUGCACUGUGACAUUCCUAUACACACGUAAGCAUUUCAUCUGAGUACAAACGUUAAAAGCAGAGUCACAUAAGCAUUAGCCUAUACAAAGACACUGUAUGUUAUUUUUUUCUUGAAUCUUUCUUGCUGCAUAGUAAAUUGCAAUUACAUGUCAGUAUAAUGUUACUGAUUAUAGAACACACUUUUGAACUGUGAGGUAUGGCAGCCCCCUGUGAGAGAGCUUAACAUGUAAACCUGAAUAUUUUGAGUGAUUUUUUUUUUUUUUUUUAGCUGCCAUGGAUGGGAAAGACAAAGAAAAUCCAGCACUCAAGACCCUAGAAACUUAUUUUCCUAAUCAAUAAAAAAUAAAAUCCUUGAGUAAUUCUCAGCUAUUUCCUAUCAACCAUUUCAUUAUGGGAGUGUUACUGAAUGGACAAAGAUAAUUAUUGAAGUGAAGCUAUGUUUUAGGAUUAUGGAUUGAAUGUUAUUUAAAAAAAAAAAAACUGCCAGGUAACUGCUCAUUUACUUUACAUCAAGUUGAGAUCCUAAUA